GGAGCUCGAGCCCCUCAGUUAGUCGAUGGUCAGUCGCAGAAGCGAAGCGACGUGUUACUUAAAAGACAAGCUAUUUCGAAGCUCCGGUUACCGAUCGGGAAUCCAAAAAUGCUGAAAACUUCAAUGGACCAGAAGCGUCGCGUUUGCGUAAUAGGAGCUGGAACAGCGGGUCUAUGCGCUUUGAAGAAUUCCUUGGAAGCGGGCCUAGAUGCAGUGGCCUAUGAGCGUGGAACCGAAAUCGGGGGAACCUGGAUUUUCUCCGAGGAGAUGCCCAAGGACGAGUACGACGAGGUGCAGAGCAGUAUGUACGAGGGAUUACGCACCAAUCUGCCCAAGGAGGUCAUGGGCUAUCCGGACUACUCGUACCCCGAGGACAUCGACGAAUCCUUUAUCACCUCCAAUCAGGUGCUGGAAUUUCUGCGAUCUUAUGCGGAACACUUUAAGCUGAAACCCCACAUCAAGCUCCAGCAUGAAGUGAUAAGAGUGCGUCCUCGCUUGGACGACUGGGAGGUCUAUGUAUGGGACCACAGCACGGAUACCUGCGACCCAGUCUACUACGACUUUGUGUAUGUCUGUAAUGGGCACUACACGGAACCGGACAUACCGGAGGUGGAGGGAUUGGAUCUGUUCGAGGGCAAGAAGAUGCACAGCCACCUGUACCGCAAGGCAGAUAAGUUCAAGGACGAGAGUGUUUUGAUCGUUGGCGCUGGUCCCAGCGGAAUGGAUAUUACGAACCAUGUUCGCGUCGCCGCCAAGCAGGUUCUCCUGAGCCACCACCUGCCCAAUCCCCCCAACACAGCUUUCAUGGGCAAUGUCACACAGAAGCCGGACGUGCAGCGCUUCACCCGCGAUGGCGCCAUAUUCACGGACGGCAGUACGGAGAGCUUCGACCACGUGAUGUUCUGCACCGGCUACAAGUACACAUUCCCCUGUCUAAGCACCGAUGUGGGAAUCCAGGUGAUAGACAACUUUGUCCAACCUCUUUGGAAGCACUGCAUCAACAUCAACCACCCGACUAUGGCCUUUGUGGGGCUGCCAUUCAACGUGAUACCCACCCACAUCUUUGACAUGCAGGUGCGCUUCACGCUGAAGUUCUUCACGGGCCAGCGGGAGUUCCCCUCACGGAAGGAGAUGAUCGCUGAGUUGGAACAGGAGAUCGGCGAGCGAUGGGGCUGCGGUGUGCACAACCACAAGAAGGCACAUCAGAUGGGCGAACGACAGUUUGUUUACUACAAUGAACUGGCAAGGCUCGCUGGCAUCGAAAACAUCAAGCCGGUAAUUCACAAACUGAUGAAGGACUGUGGCAAGAAGUACAUUUUCGAGUUGGAUACAUACAGAAGUAACCGCUAUACGAUCGUGGACGAUGACAACUUCUUGAAAAACGGAAAAGCUAUCGUAUGACCAGUUUCUUCCCCUACUUACCAUAUGUUAGUCGAUAAGGAAUUUAGGUCAUUCAAAAAGGGCUUCAACAACUCAAUAAACCCUUAACACAUUUUAAACAUAUAUUUUUAUCAACUAAAAACGUAGUUCUAAAGCUAAGAACAGUUAUGCUUCACUGAGAAUAAUGAAAUACAUUAAACUAAAAUACUCA